AAUUAAUAAUGUGCCCGUCGACAAGCAACACUGGCAUGCACGUCAUUAGGGAAUAAAAACUCCGUUAUGCCAUUUGCCGCAUUAUAGAUAUAAAACCUGUCGUAACGUGUAAUCACCCCGCGCAAGAAAACAGCUGUUUAUAUCGCAAUUGUUGACGGCGAGAAAUAACAGCAUAAAAUUUACUUUUAAGAUGCCACAAGUUACAAAAACGAGCGAAGAAUUUGAUGUUGUCAAGUACUUUCUGCAGUUGCUCGACGAUGACAAGGACAUGUCCUCUGGCAUAGCGGCCAUUAAAACGUUGCUGAUGAUAUUAGAGAAGAAACAAUUUGGCACCAUACAUAUUUUGCACACCACAAUGCGCGAGGCUGUGGCAGCGAUGCGUAAUACGGACCUGUCCAUAGCAGCCAUCGUGUCGGCUGGCGAGCUCUUCUGUCGUUUUAUAACACUCAGUUUGGACGACAAACACAUGGAGGAGUGCCGGCAGAUCAUGUUAAAUCGGGGGAAAAUCUUUCUAACCAAAUUACUGAAUUCGCGUCAGGUCAUUUCACAGCAGGCACAGCGUUUUAUCAGUGAUGGCUGUCGAAUCCUUACCCACUCCCGCUCUCGAGUGGUCCUCCAGGCGCUGAUAGCCGCAUCGCAAAACAAGAAGACCUUUCACGUAUUUGUGACGCAGGGCGGCAUAGGUAGCCCCGGGGAGGAGAUGGUGCAGGAGUUGCAGGCCGCGGACAUUGAUUGUACGCUAAUACUAGACGCUGCCACUGGCUAUGUAAUGGAAUCGGUGGACUUUGUUAUGGUAGGCGCCGAGGCGGUCGUGGAGAGCGGCGGCAUUAUCAAUCGCAUUGGCUCCUACACAAUGGGCUUGUGUGCGCGCGAAAUGAAGAAGCCCUUCUAUGUGCUCUCUGAAAGUUUCAAGUUCUCUCGCCUAUAUCCUUUGAAUCAAAGAGAUUUGUCCAACGAGUACAAGUAUUCGCGCAAGCAUUUAAAUGAUGUGUCUAAGGUGCAUCCAUUGGUUGACUACACACCGCCUGCAUAUAUCACGCUGCUCUUCACCGAUUUGGGCAUACUGACGCCAUCGGCGGUUAGCGACGAAUUGAUCAAAUUGUAUAUGUAAGGCUAAUAAAACUAA